AUAACAAGAAGAGAAAGAGAAAACCCAUUCAUAAACCCUAUCAUUAUAAACCCCCCAACUCCCACUAACUCUACAUAUUCAUUCACUCACUCUCCCGCAAACAACGCACCAAAUUGUGGAUGGCCACCGCUACUUCUCAAUCGCUUCGAUUCCCUUCUGCUUCGCUCUCUCUCUCUUCUAAGCUUCCUCUAUCCUCCGUCUUCUCCGUGUCCCUGCGCCCUCGCCGUCGCACUUCCCGCUCUCUCGUAGUUCUUGUUUCCGCCGGCCUCGACGCCAAGCCCACCGUUCUCGUUGCCGAGAAGCUCGGAGAAGCAGGCCUUAAGCUCCUCAAAGACUUCGCCAACGUCGAUUGCUCCUACAAUCUCAGUCCUGAGGAGCUAUGCACCAAGAUCUCGCUCUGCGACGCGCUCAUCGUGCGUAGUGGUACCAAGGUUUCGCGCGAGGUAUUUGAGUCCUCCGGCGGGAGACUCAAGGUCGUUGGUAGAGCCGGAGUCGGAAUCGAUAAUGUGGAUCUGGCCGCCGCCACCGAGCAUGGAUGCUUGGUCGUCAAUGCUCCCACCGCUAACACCGUCGCCGCCGCCGAGCACGGGAUCGCGCUCUUGGCUGCCAUGGCGAGGAACGUCGCUCAGGCCGAUGCGUCUGUUAAAGCGGGGAAAUGGCAGAGGAAUAAGUACGUUGGAGUGUCCCUGGUUGGGAAGACACUUGCUGUGCUGGGAUUUGGGAAGGUUGGUUCUGAAGUUGCUCGCCGUGCCAAGGGGCUUGGUAUGAAUGUCAUUGCACAUGACCCUUAUGCUCCAGCAGAUCGUGCUCGAGCUAUUGGCGUGGAGCUUUUGAGCUUUGAAGAGGCCAUUGGCACUGCUGAUUUCAUCUCUUUGCACAUGCCACUCACGCCUGCCACAUCAAAGAUGCUCAAUGACGAGACUUUUGCAAAGAUGAAAAAAGGAGUUCGCAUAGUUAAUGUUGCUCGUGGAGGGGUCAUUGAUGAGGAUGCACUUGUUAGGGCACUGGAUUCUGGAAUUGUGGCUCAGGCAGCUCUUGAUGUUUUCACAGAGGAACCACCCCCAAAAGACAGCAAGUUGAUUCAGCACGAGCAAGUAACUGCAACACCUCAUCUUGGUGCCAGUACCAUGGAAGCUCAGGAAGGUGUGGCUAUUGAAAUAGCAGAAGCUGUUGUUGGGGCACUGAAAGGGGAGCUUGCUGCUACUGCAGUCAAUGCACCAAUGGUUCCCUCAGAGGUGUUAACUGAAUUAAAACCAUUUGUUGAUCUUGCUGAGAAACUGGGUAGGCUGGCUGUCCAGCUGGUGGCAGGAGGAAGUGGUGUAAAAACAGUAAAGGUCACUUAUGCUUCCUCUAGGGCCCCUGAUGAUCUUGACACUCGCCUUCUUCGUGCCAUGAUAACAAAGGGUCUGAUCGAGCCCAUAUCCAGUGUUUUUGUGAACCUGGUUAAUGCUGAUUUCACUGCCAAACAAAGAGGGCUUAGGUUUACCGAGGAGAGAGUUAUUCUUGAUGGUUCCCCUGAGAAUCCACUUGAAUUCAUUCAGGUCCAGAUUGCUAAUGUGGAAUCCCGAUUUGCUAGUGCCAUAUCAGACUCUGGGGAGAUCAAGGUUGAGGGUAGGGUGAAAGAUGGUGUCCCCCAUCUGACGAAGGUUGGCUCUUUUGAAGUUGAUGUGAGUUUGGAAGGUAGCAUUAUACUAUGUAGGCAGGUAGAUCAACCUGGCAUGAUCGGAAAGGUUGGGAGUAUUUUGGGUCAGGAGAACGUGAAUGUCAGCUUCAUGAGUGUAGGAAGGAUUGCUCCACGCAAGCAAGCUGUAAUGGCAAUUGGAGUGGACGAACAACCUAGAAAGGAAACUUUAAAGAAGAUUGGAGAAAUCCCUGCUAUUGAAGAGUUUGUCUUCCUGAAGUUGUAAGAGGAAAUGGUUGUCUCAGUUUUUUUAAAAUGUAAUUUGGAUUGGGCAUGGUUGCCGGAUGUGCCCAGUUUUGAUGCAUCAUCAUGACAGAGUGUAGCGAUAAAUUUAGGUCGACUUGGAAAAUAACUGACCAUGCAAUGGAUAGUGUGGUUUGAUGAGUAAUGGUUACUUAUCCAUUUUGCUUUCUUAUUUGAAAAUAAAGAGAAUAAUAAAUGUUUGAAGCUUCAAAGAAUUACUAAUAAUAUUUUAAAUUUUCUCUUG